CUAAUCUUUUGGACUGGACCACAAUUGACGUCGAAGGACAACAAAACGCAAAUUUUAAAAGCUCAAAAAGCAAUUUUCGAUCGAGUGUAAGUAAUUCAUGGUGCUUGAAUGAUUCCGAUAGAUUUUGUCUCCUUUUCAACUCAGUUGUGAAAUGGCAUUCUGUUUUCAACUCUUAUGCAUUUCCUGGACACUGCCAAAAGAACAAAUGAAUUUGUCGGGGUUUUAUCUCUGGAAAUAUCGGAAAAUAAACUUUCGCAAGACUUACAGCGAAGAAUUCUGGACGAUGCUUCUGAUGGAUAUUCGGUGCAUCCAAGUGGCCUUAUCAUCGGGACAACACCGGGUGCAGAACAAAAAGUUUUUGAGCGUCAAUCGGACUUCGACAAGAUUGAGGAUCAUUUCAAACGCACAUACAUUGAUCAAAUCCCCAAGUGGGAGGAAUGGAGAGACAAUCAAGGGUCAACGCCAAAGCCGGAGCGUAUCCCUACGACGUAUUUCACGCCUACUGAAAAUGGUGGAUUUCUAGUCUCUUGUCCCGUCCCACCAACCCCCGAAUAUCCUUGGGACGAUCCUCUGUACAGCCCAAUUGCAUUUGUCGUCCAAAAGAUUAGUCCAGAUGUCUUCGAAGAUUUUAAUAUCUUUGAAAACCAAGUGAAACAGGACGUGAAGAAAAAUAUUAUUCUCUGUGUUUCAUUGGGUGUCCUCGGAUUAGUGCUGAUUUUGUCGAUACUAGCAGUCAUGUCGAAGAUCCUUACACAGCCCCUAACAUGGAUUGCAUAUGUGGCUCGCAAUAUCAUCAACAACGACAGUCGUAGCAGUAAGACAUAUGGUGAAAAUUAUGAAAGUGGUGACAGAAACCAUAUGCUUGAGGUUGAUAUGAGGAGAGAGUCCGUAAAAAAGAAUCCAAAUAUGUCUAGCACCAGCAGGAUGGACUAUGAAGGUGCCAUUGUGAAUUGCAACAAUGAUCCCGUGCAUACUACCUCCAAAGGCAAUCAGCUUAUUUUGAAUCUGGAUCUGGAAGCAGACAAUUCGGAAUGCAAUGAUGAUGAUGAAGUGGGAUUUGUGAAUUUCGACUAUAAUCCGAAAGCCGAUAAACGUCUAUGUUGUACUCUAAGCACCGAGCUUCAACAGCUCCUUGAAGCAUUUCAAUCAAUGCUUCAUGGCUUUUCUGGGGAUGGUGUUUCGGAAGUAGCAGAACCGGGUCUAUGCGAAAUUCGAAACUAUUUGACAUGGCAUUCCGAUUUUGCUAAGUUGUAUGAAUGCAACCAGGAAGACAUCUCCAAGACCGAAAGGAAAGUUUCCAAUUCAACCCGUGCAACAACUAUGGGUUCGACUUCCAACAGUAGUAUCUCUAUUUCAGAUGCAUCUCAUUAUCACAUACAAGAUUGCGAGGCCAUUACCCCCUGUCUCUCUCGUAACAGUCAAUCAGAGUCGAGUUCUAGCUCUUUUCCUUCAAAAUCGCUGCACGAACAUCUCGCCCCACCCUCUGAUAUUAUACGCGAUAUUGGAAGCCAGCAGUAUAUCCCUGAAGAUGGGGAGAAAAACGAGGAUAGCAUCGUCUCCAGUUCGUCUUUAGAUAUUUAUCUUCCUGGACCACCACCGGGAGCGGCGCAAGUGGUUGUUCCCGCACCGUCAAAAGUCAAUGUGACGUCAAACUUAGGUACACCAAGGUUGGACCCGAGGCCUAUUCUCGAAUACAGAGAUGGAUCAUUUGGAAGGAUAAAAACAGCGUGUAGUUCUAAAUUCUUUUGGUGGAUUGUUGUGCUUAUGGUGAGUUCAUAGAUGUUCGAAUAUCUCUAUCAUUGCAAUUUCAAAGUUUCUCACUUAUAUCACUACUCCUCUGUUUGCAGGCUCUACCAGUUUUUUUCACGAGUUGUAUCAUUGGAUCAAUUGUUAGCAGCAGUAUACUGGUAACUCUUCCGAAGAGAUGGAAACAAAGUGCAAAACAAGGUUCAAAUAACAUCGAGAUAAGUGCUAUGAAACUGAUUGUCGAUCGGAAAGCGGCGACAAUGGAAAACUUAAUCGAGGGACCUGCUCGGGACAUAUAUCUAUUGGCCCGCACAACGAAUUGGCUGAUCUUUGGUGGAGUACGUAAAUCUUCUAACAUAGUUGACGUAGAUUCGACAUCCGAACGGUGCAAGACAUACCCAAAAGGGGAAUGUCCAAAUGCCAAGCUAUGUUCAUGCGAUUGGGAGUAUGGAUGGAAUGCGACAGGUGGCCAAUGCGAGAGUACUGAGGGCUUUACCGAUGCAAGGUACCUCCAACGCCAGUGGUUUGAAGCGCAAAAACUAGAUUCGAACCCAAUUACUGGAGAACGCAUUUCUUCACCCAGUGUCCCCACAUCGUCCGAGAGUACUUUAUGGUGGAAGAAUGUCACCGAGUUACCAGGUUCUGAGAUCGGGCCCUCUCGCACGUCUGGAUACGAUACUUUAUACAACCGUGUGGCUGUUUCGUCAGCAAGCGCUGUUAUGAACUUUCCCCUUCACAACUUUCCAAGCGGGAUACACACGGAGAGGACAUUAUUUGGUGGUUACCUCGCUUUUGCAGUCGAUGGGCUUUUACUUGGAUGGUCUGGUUGUGAUGAUUGGCACUCAUCUAAUGCACACUUUGUUUCCACAUACGAGAACGGAGCAUCCUUGACUGACGAUAAAUUGUGUGCCAAUGGAAAACACGGUUACGAUCCUCGAUGCCAAGACUGGUAUGUCCAGGGUCGCGACCGUUAUCUUCGAGACGCUGUUCAUGCUCACGUCACAUCCCCAUACAAACUCCCGUUGCGCAACCAAGUCGCACAAACCAUCACAUCACCGAUUACUAAUCCCAGAACGGGAGAGUAUGUUGGACAAGUUGCGUUGGACUUUCGUCUCGACUAUGAAUACGUAUUAAAACGGCUUGAUGAUGAAAGUUCGUUUACAUUUAUGAUUACACCUCACGACGACGUCUUAGGCAGUAAUGUUGUGUAUUUUUCCGAAAGCGAAGAAAUGUUUGAACCGGCAAAGAUCGAGGACUUGAUCUUCAAGAAUGAAUUGAAUGAUGUUAAUCGUGACUAUUUCAAGGGAGAAAUAUUGCCACUGAUUAAGGCGGGCGAGAGAGGAAACUCGGAGUUUUUUCUCGCCCAGGAAGACGGUUCAGAGGUAGAAAUAUGUCUCUACUACGCACCGGUAAAAAUACAACUGCCUCUUGGUUUAGAACCUGAUGACUUUGCGUCGGGUCGAAAAAUCACUGAACACUUGAUAUACUCAGUAGGUUCUGGGAAACCUUGUGAUGAGAUUAAACGACCUUACGACGGCGUGGAAGAUGAAGUCAACCAAGACCUCGCGAACCAAGAGUGUAAGUUUGAAUUUUUGGGAAACGCUUUUUUUUGCUCAGUAAACCCAUUGAUUUUUCUCACCCUGAUUUCAAUACUCCUUGAUUUUCCCAGAUAUUUUUGUUGCUAUAAUCGCGUCAUCUACGGUGAUUUUCGUCAUAGUUUCUGCCAUCUCUGCUAUUCAUAUUGCUUUUCCCAUGAUUAAGUUGUCAGCCAUCGUUCGGAGUACCAAAAAAGGGGAAUAUGAUAGUAUGUAAGUGUGUCUAUUCCGACAGAGCCUUAUGACUUGAGUGAACUCGACUCGUCUGUUUUUCAGAAUUCGUGCUUCAUCGAAAUAUUCAUUCGGCAUAUUUUUUUAAUCUUUUUCCUAGACCUCCUCUGGAAGGCGGAUGCAGCGAGGUGCAAGGCGUUUACAACACCUUUGCAAAACUCAACAAAAUAGUCAAGGUUUC